AUGUCGCUUAGAGAACGUGAUUUGUUAUAUCGACUAAUUAUUAGCCAACUCUUUCACGAUGGCUAUCAGACAAUGGCAAUUAACCUGAUGAAUUUGGUGAAUCCAUCCAUGUCGUGUGGACCUUCGGCACGUCUUCUUAAAUUAGUGAAACUUGGAUUGUCCAUUGCUGAUGAUGAACAGGAUCGACCUGUUACACUUGAAGGCGACAAUAUCGCACCGGGAACUGGCAUUGAUCUCGAAAUCGAGAGCGAAAGCUCAACAAUGGCUCCUGAGGCUGCCCUGUACGAAACCUGUUACGUAACUGCACACAAGGCUGCGUGUCGAACAGCUGCUUUUAAUACUACAGACGUUGAGCGAAUGCUUGCCAAGAGUGUCUCCGGUGCAGAUCACACGAACCAGGAAACGCCACAGCAGCAGAUGGAAGCUCAUCCUGUUAUCCGCACGCUCUACGAUCACACCGCGGAAGUGACCUGCGUCGAUUUUCAUCCAGAUGCGUCACAGCAAAUUCUUGUCAGCGGAAGCAAGGACUACACAAUCAAGUUCUUUGACUUCUCGAAUCCCUCAGUUAAGAAGGCCCAGCGAAGCAUUCCUGAGGCGUCGCCAAUCAAAACCCUCAAUUUUCACCCCUCCGGGAAUUACCUGCUCGUUGGCACCCAGCACAAAACGUUGCGAAUUUACAAUGUGAACACGUGUCAGUGCUACGUGUCGGCUGUGCCCGAGGACCAGCACAACGGAGCCGUCACAAUGGCCCGGUGGGCCCCGAAUGCCAACUACUUUGUCACCUCCUCUGUGGACGGCAGCUUCAAGAUUUGGGAUGCCGUGUCGGGUCGAUGUGUCUCCACGUUUGAGUCCGCGCACGACGGCGCACCCUACGUGCUUACCUCCGGUAAGGAUAGUGUGGUGAAGUUGUGGGAGCUGUCCACAAGUCGCUGCCUGAUAAGUUACACCGGCGCGGGCACCGUUGGCUUGCAGACGCACCGAUCUAACGCCGUAUUCAACCACACUGAAGACUAUGUUCUGUUUCCCGACGAGGCGACGAAGAGCCUGUGUUGCUGGGAUUCACGGAAUGCAGAUCGUCAGCGCCUACUGCCUCUUAGCCACAACGGUCCAAUCAGGUGUUUUGUGCAUUCCCCAACGACAGCAGCCUUCCUCUCGUGCAGCGACGACAACCGCGCUCGAUUCUGGUACAAGCGACCCAUCUCCGACUAA